GUCAAAAAUAAUAAACAUUAGGCACUGCCAAUAAAAAUUAAAUGUAAAAAUUGUUUGCUAGUAUCAAAAAUGUCGAAACAUUUGAUGAAAUCAAAUUUUUACAAUGUUUUCCCACCAUUAAAUUUACAAAAAUUCUUAGUUUUUAUACAAAGACGAUUUGAAGCUACACAAUGUUGUGAUGGCCCCAAAGAUAAAGAUACAAAGCAUCUAAUAUGUUUUAAACAAUGGAACCCAAAAAUGGUUAAUGACAUCCUAGCAAGUGCCAUAAAUUUGAAGACCAUGUAUGGAGAUACGCACAAUAAGAGAAUGCCAAUACUACCUUAUACUAAAGUGAUGCUUCUACAAGAAGUUAACGAGCCCAUUCUGAACCUGGCUGUGUCGAAGGCAACAUCAUUCUUGGGCGCAGUUGAAGUUAAUAUAACGGAUGGAUUGAUUUGGGAUAAGGAUUAUCAUGGCAAAAUAUUCUCUGAAAUGGCAGACGUGAUUUUCGCGUUCACAAAAACACACGCUUGUAUCAAACGUUUCGCGGGAAGAUCAACUGUGCCUGUCAUCUGCGCGAUAUCCAGGACCCAUGCUAGUUUGCAGGCCUUGUCAACUAUAAUGUCUAUCAUGGAAGAAUUCGGGUCAAUUAAGGGAUUAAAUUUAGCGUACGUUGGUGCUCCGCAUCCCGUUCUCAACUCAUACUUGCUCCUGUGUCCUAUGCUCGGAGCUAAUAUCAAGUUCAAGUGUUGUUGUCCGAAUUGUCCAGUAAGUCCUCUCCUUCUCCAUGCCAGUAAAGAAAUGACGGCAAAAACAGCCACGCAAUCGAUACAGUGUUUAAAAAGGAAGCAAGCGUUGCAUAAAGCAUGUAUCGUCAUAUCUGGCCCCACUCCACCGAAUAAGGAUAAAAUAAAAGAAUUUACUUUGACUGUUGAAGACAUAUCAAAGUGCACGGAUUUCCGUUGGAUAUUCUACCACACUUGCCCAAGAGCUGAGGAAGUGGACGACGAGUUAUUCUGGGGCACCCAUUCGAGGACUUUUAACGCGUUUGUCAAUAUGCAGUACAUUGCCGCCGCGUUGAUGGCCAAAGCUGUACGUGACUUGACGUUUUGUUGACCGAAAUUAGUAAGAAUAUAAACCAGAGUUUUUCGCGGUUGGUUAAAGAAUUUUGUCUGGUAAUGUAAGUGUUAACAUGUUGAUGUCUAAAUUUUGUCAUUUCUGUUGUAUUCUUAUUGUUGUAAUAAAGAAUAUUUACGU